AUGGCUGCUAUCAACAAGAUCGCCCACAACUCGCCAUCGAGGCAGAACCCCUCCGAGCUGGAGACUGCGAUCGCCGGCGCUCUCUUCGACUUGGAGAGCAACACACAGGACCUGAAGGCUACCCUUCGGCCUUUGCAGUUUGUCUCUGCCCGUGAGGUCGAGGUCGGCCACGGCAAGAAGGCGAUCCUCAUCUUCGUCCCUGUCCCUCUCCUCCAGGGCUUCCACAAGAUCCAGCAGCGCCUGACCCGUGAGCUCGAGAAGAAGUUCUCCGACCGCCACGUCCUCUUCAUCGCUCAGCGCCGUAUCCUCUCCCGCCCCAAGCGCUCCGUCAACUCGCGCACCAACCAGACCCAGAAGCGUCCCCGUUCCCGCACUCUGACCGCUGUCCACGACUCCAUCCUCACCGACCUCGUCUACCCUGUCGAGAUCGUCGGCAAGCGCAUCCGCACCAAGGAGGACGGCAGCAAGACCAUCAAGGUUGUUCUCGACGAGAAGGAGCGCGGUGGUGUUGACCACAGACUCGAUGCCUACGGCGAGGUCUACCGCAGACUGACCGGCCGUGCUGUUGUCUUCGAGUUCCCCCAGAGCGGUUCCGCUGACUACUAG